AUGAGCAGAAACCCGUAUCAGAACCAGCCAUACCAGGCUCAGAACCAGAACUCAUAUGAGUUGAGUGACAUAAACAACGGCCGCAACACCAAUUACAACAAUUAUUCUGCGGGCCCAAAUAGUGCUGCUACAAAACAAUACUCAUCAUCAAAUGAGGAUGACUUUGUCCAGUUUAUGAAUGAGAUUCAAGAUAUCAACUCACAAUUGGACAACUACUCCAACAUCAUCAACUUAAUUGACAAUAAACAAAAGAGUUUCUUGUACAAUAUCGACUUGAAUGACGAGGAUACCGAAUACAGUUCUCAACAAAUUGAUAGUUUAGUUGGUGAAGCUCAGUCGUUGCAACUAGAUUUAAAAGCUAGGAUAAAGAAUGCCCAAGUUGAGGCAGUACACUCAAAAGACCAAACCAAGGUUGACCAAGCUGAAACUUGUAGAAAAAGAUUUUUGGAUCUUAUCCAAGAUUAUAGAUUAGUUGAGGCUAAAAACAAGGAAUCAUCCAAGGAGCAAGCUGCUAGACAAUAUCAGAUUAUCAAACCAGACGCCACACAAGAGGAAAUUAGAGCUGUUGUUGAAGAUGGAUCUCAACAGUAUUUCCAACAAGCUUUGAUGCAAAGCAACAGAAGAGGUGAAGCUCGUUCGGUAUUGAGUGAGGUCCAAGUUAGACACCGAGAACUUUUGAAAUUGGAAAAGACCAUGGCUGAAUUGACUCAAUUGUUUCAUGAUAUGGAAGAGUUGGUUAUUGAACAAGAUCAACCAAUUCAACAAAUCGAGGAACAAGUUGGAACUGCUCAACAUGACAUAGAACAAGGUGUUGGUCACACAAACAAAGCAGUCAAGAGUGCCAGAGCUGCCAGAAAGAAGAAGAUUUGGUGUUUGGUUAUUGUCAUUAUUAUCAUCAUUAUUCUUGCUGCAGUUCUUGGUGGAUACUUUGGAAGCAAGAAUUGA